AUGGAGCCAUUUGGUCCACGUUAUCCGUGGGGAACUUACGUAACGGAUUAUAUAUGGAGGACGUUCUUGCUGAACAGCUGGCAUGGGGCGUUCCUUGAUAUUGACGCGAUUGAUCUAUACCUAUUCGUAAGACUGUGCUGUAACCUUCGUCUUACAGUAGAAAACCCUCCAAGUCCAGAGGGUAUCGCCGGUAUUACCGCCAUCUUGGAUGACCAAUAUUUAGAAAGACAAGAAAUGAUAUUUCCGCCCCGUGCAGUGUCAUAUUUGAGUCCUUUCAAUCCAAUUUUGGUCCGCGACCUGUUUGAAUUCCUCGGGUAUACAGGAAAUCCAUAUCGGCAAUGGCCUGUAGAUAGAGUCAUCGAAUGGGUCGACACAGUACACGGCGAUGGUCACGAACAGAACGAUCAACUGAUUUAUCUUCGGAACCCCUUAAGUAACUCUAUAGAUCGGUAUUACCGUUCACAUCCACAGGGCCCACCCAGACUCGUAGCUCGAGCUAAUAUUGACUGGCCUCCCAGCAUUCAUAGAUUUAUGGAUAUUCCAGUACCGGUUGUUGUUAAUCUACUAGCUACGCCCGUCCAAAGUGAUGCAGGAUCAAGCGGCCAUCACCGUCAUUCAUCGGGUUCCUCGGGCUCCUGGAGAAGUCAUGGAUAUAACGAAGGACAUGGACACCAGAGGAGAAGACAUCAUCAUUAG